CGACCACAGAGAUUCGUAAGCAAGAAUAGACGAAAUUAUCUGGAGGAGAAGGAGAAAUUGUCGGAAUACAGAGACAAUGAAUCUACGACACAUAAUUUUGAUUACAAGGAUUCUAUUGCCCUUCCAUCCGAACAAUACGACGAUCAUAACGAAGAGGAUCAUAGCGAGGAGAAUGGUUAUUCGUUGGAGUCACACGUUCCCGAAGAAAACUCACACGAGAGCCAUUUUCUGGGACACGACUUAGAUGAAAACGUUCACAAGACGAUCACAAUCAUUAAAAAAAUCGCCGUACCGUAUCCUGUCGAGAAGAUUAUAAGAUAUCCUGUGGUAAAAAACAUACCAUAUCCGGUAAAAAUACCAGUAUCGCAACCCUAUGCAGUAGAGAAACAAAUCCCUUAUCCCGUAAAGAUUUAUGUAAAGGUUCCCGUGAAAAUUCCGAAACCGGUGCCCGUGAUAAGGGAGGUACCGUAUCCGGUGAAGGUACCGGUUGAUCGACCUGUCCCUGUUAAAGUUUAUAUACCAGAACCCUAUCCGGUAGAAAAGAAGAUUCAUUACGAAGUUAAAAUUCCAGUUCCGGAUCCCUUUCCAAUUGAACGGAAAAUACCAAUCCCUGUAAAGGUUCCGAUACACGUUCCACAACCUUAUCCAGUUGAAAAAAUCGUGCGUUAUCCCGUGAAAAUUGAAGUUGAAAAACCAAUACCGGUACCAAUACCAAAACCGUAUCCGGUUCCUGUUAAUAAACCAGUUCCAUAUCCAGUCGAGAAACCAGUUCCAGUUCCGGUGAAGGUCGAGGUUCAUAGACCUAUUCCAGUACCGGUUGAUAAACCAGUACCGGUAAAGGUCAAGGUGCCGGUGCCUGCGCCCUAUCCGGUCGAAAAGGAGGUGCCUUAUCCGGUGGAAAAGCCAGUAGCUGUGCCAGUGAAGGUACCGGUUGAGCGACCGAUCCCAGUUCAUGUGACUAAGCAUUUGCCUUAUUCCAUUCCUAAGCUCGUUCCCUAUCCCGUUAAAGUCGAGGUACCUGUAGCAGUACACGACGAGGACAACGAACAUCAAUUAGUCAGAUCUGAAUAUUAUAAUUCUCACGAAGAAGGAUAUUCAGAACAAAUUCUGAUCGCCUUCUUAUGUCUUGGAAUCGCCCUAACAUCUUCGGCUAGUCGAAAAGAAGAUCUCGAGAGGGCAGCAGAACUAGCGGUAGAGAAAGCUGCUGAAAGGGCGGCUGAAAGGGCAGUAGAGAAAGCAUUAGAAAGUGGGAACACGACUACGGAAUCGAAAACAGUUCGAGAAUCGUAUUCGAGCAUUAGAAAAGGUGGAAGUCGAGAGAGGGCUAGUAACGAAUAUUCGGGUAUUCGAUAUACCGAUUUAGGAGACGACGAAGAUACAGAAUCCGAUACAGAAACUGACACUGAUGACUGGACUUAUUCCAGAAGUAGCUGGGUCGGAAGACAGGAGCCUUGGAAAAGAAGCUUCGGAAACGAUUGGAUAGGCGAUCAUCAACAUGGAAAAGUCAAAACGAUCACGGUAGAAAAGAAGAUACCGGUACCAGUGACGGUAGAAAAGAAAAUUCCAUUUACAGUUUACAAGCACGUGCCCUACGAAGUGAAGGUUCCUGUACUUCAACCCUAUACCGUUGAGAAAAAGGUACCCUAUCCCGUGAAAGUGUUCGUGAAUAUGCCCGUAGAGGUACCGGAACCGUAUCACGUAGAGAAGCAGGUGCCUUACGAGGUGAAGGUCGAAAGACCCGUGCCGUACAAGGUCGAGGUGCCGGUACCACAACCAUAUACCGUCGAGAGAAAAAUACCGGUGGAGGUGAAGGUACCGGUGCCACAGCCGUAUACGGUAGACAAGACCGUGCCGUACGAAGUAAAAGUACCUGUAAAAGUACCAACACCUUAUGAGGUCGAAAAAAAGGUUGCUGUUCCAGUCAAGGUCACCGUAAAUCGACUCUACCCCGUUCCAGUACCCAGACCCUAUCCCGUCGAAGUUGAAAGACCUUACCCCGUUGAAAUAGCUAAACCUUAUCCCGUUAAAAUCAAAGUUCCGGUAAAUGCACCCUAUCCCGUACCAGUGGAGAGACCUGUACCAAUACCGAUCAAAGUACCACAACCUAAACCCUAUACCGUUGAAAAGCCUGUACCCGUGGAAGUAUCCAAACCAUAUCCAAUACCGAUUAAAGUCCCUGUGGAUAAGCCUUACAAGGUUUACGAUGAAGCACGCGUACCUGUACCUGUCCCAAAACCUUUCCCUUAUUGGGUCCAAGUACCGCGGCCAGUUAAAUUAGGUUGGCAAAGAAAUGGAUACCAUCCUGCAGAAGUUUUCGCGAGCAGGAACAAUUCAACGGAUAAUAAAAAAACGAACGAUGCUCCUGAUAAUUCGAAUAUAUCCAUGCAAAGUUGA